AUGGCCACUGGCAACGACGCGGUCGCCGACGUCGACAUGUCGUCGUCCGACAGCGAGGCGGCGUCUGCGCUCGAGCCGUCGCUGGACGCCGCCAUGCUGAACGAGCUGCUGCUCGUGUGCUCGAACCUGGGCAUGCUGCGCGUGCCGCAGGAGGGCGGGGCGCCCGUGUUGAUGCGUGGUGAGGACUGCGAGCAGUGGAUCCACGACCUGCAGCGCGCCUUGCGCCGCGACCACGCCACGCACCGCCUCGUGACGAAGCAACUGGGCCAGUGGCAGAUCCUGCAGAAGAAGCUCCUGCCGCUGCUCGUGCACCACCAGCACGACUGGCCGCUCGUGUUCUCGAUCCUCAAAGUGCUCGUGAUGCUCACGACGAAGCCGCCGCGCGACUCGAGCCACGUUGCCCAGCAGCUGCAGUACUUGCGGCAGUACAAGCACGAGUUCCUGCGCCGCCAAGUAGUGCCGAUCCUCAUGGCGGUCGUCGUCGAGCCGCUCGCGCGCACAGGCGCCGCGCGCACGGCGACGGACUACCUCAACAUGGAGAUCGUGCUCAUGUUGCUGCGGAACCUGCUGGCGAUCCCGAACGAAGACCCGCGCUACGUCACGUCGACGACGGCGCACUUGAGCCACCUGCAGGAGGACCUGAUCGCGACGCUGCACGAGGAGAGCGCGUACGAGAUGUUGCUGCUCUUUGCCCAGGACAUUGACUCAGCCGAGCACCGCGAGUGGAACCUAUUGAUCAUGGAGAUGCUCGACCUCACGCUCGACUGCUCGCAGCCGCAGGCCGUGGCAGCGUACGCCAAGAAGCGGCUCACAGGGGACGCACGCGGCGACGCUCGUGCUGUGCAACACGCCGACCAGGCAGCAGGACCGACGCUGGCUGCCGGAGACGGCAGCACGCGUGCAUUGCGCUCGCGUCGCCAUUCGAACUUUGGGGGCGUUCUGACUGUCGUCGGUCCGACGGGACGAACGACUGUGGUGUCGGACUUUACAAAGCCAGCGUCCGACCAGGUGCCACAGGUAGCAAAGAAGCCGACGUCCCGGAGGAGAGGAAAGAAAAGCGCUGCUCGAGUGACGGACAUCCACGAGGUGUUUGUUGCCGGGAAAGGAAAAGUGACGGAAUCGGACGAACGUACGAUGCGAGUGCUCCAAGACAUUUGCGACUCGAUCAUUGCCAAGUCUUACUUCCAGCUCACGAACUCGUUAAAGACUGAGUUUCGCCGAGGUAGCAGCAAGUUGAUUGCCACCGAUCGACUCCAGUACUUCCAUCUCGUCUGGUUUCUCACUACAUACCACCGACUGAAGAUUCAGACGCUGCGGUCGCACUACAAGCGUCAGCUGAAAGCCGUGCAGGAACAAACUGUUGGGGGCCAAACAGCCCCGGGUCUUGGCACGUCUGUGCCUCCGGCGCCCGAGAAGCCAGACUAUGGUGAAAAGGCCGUGUUGUCUACGUUGGACAUGUUUUCCUUCAACUUUGUACUCCAGUCGAUAGAGAAUUAUGCCACAAUGAAGAACUAUCAUGGCAUGACCGUUUCCGUCCAGCUGUUGACCGAGAUGAUGGCGUACCUUGCUGAGCUUGCUGCAAGCGAUGAUCUGCGUUUCCAGCGUAUUGCUGAUUCGUUGCAGCACAAGAUUUUCUAUGAACGCGAUUUUCUGGAUCGACUGCCGGUGCUGUUGAAAACGUGGUCUCCGGGUCUUUUCCAUAAAGCAUACGUUGUCGAUGUCGUCACUCUGACUCAUCUUGUCCUCAAAGUACUGGACGCACAAGGAACUAUCAAGGUCCUUUCACGAAGAAAAGCGUAUCUCGACCUCAAACGUAAAAAGAAGAAGCACAGCGAUGCAGACGGUGAGGACUCAGGUGGCAGCUCGAUGGACGAGGAGGAAACUGAGCAGCAGGCACAGACUCUGAUGGAAAUGCAGCGUAAAGAGGCCGAUUUCGAUGUGCGGAAAUACUUUGCCAGCAUGGUUUCAGCAGACACUAUUCGAAUGUACUGCUCGUUGCUGGCUGACUACCGCGACAACAGCGCGAAAGUGAAUCACUACAUUCACUCCUUUUUGUACCGAACGAAGCUGUUCAGAAUUCAUCAGCAAGAGGAAUGGACGAUGCAACCGAUGCUGUUCAACAUCCACGUCCUCCUGCUGUUCAACAAGAUGCUACAAGACACAUACAUCCAGCGUCUGCCCGAGUACAAGAAUUUUCUGGACUUUAUCCGCAGCGUUGUGCGCGACUUUUUCACGCUUGCCGACAAAAACAAUCUGCUGUUUGUCGAAGCUCUGUUGCGCCAAACGUACCCCUCGAAAUCGUGCGUGCUUAUACAGCGAAGUUACGAUCCGAUCGAUUCGAUGAGCAAGUCGAAACCACAGGCAGUUUCGUUAGGCAGGAAGAAGCAAAUCGAAGCGACGAACGAAUCUAGACGACAUCGAACUGCUUUGGACCAUGAAGAGCUUGAGGGCGAGGCUGAGUUUCAGUUUACUUUGGAACCGUCGGAUUUUGACUCAGCAUCGGUUCUAAAUAGGAAAGAUAAAGAAGAUGACGAGAGUGAAGCUGAGUGUGAUUUGACGGCGUUGUCGCCGAAUGCGUCUGCUUCUGCUACGAGAUCGAGGCUAGAAAGGAAGGCGUUAGUGUCCCGUGCAGCGACGGAGCGUGCCGAAAGCUGGAGCAAGGUUGAGGACCGCUAUCUAGCGAAGGUGUAUAUGAAGUUCCGCCACCUACCGUCCGUGUACGAUGCCAUUUCAUGCGAGGACAUGUUCCAGGAGCGCGAUCGAACGCCGGAGCAGAUAAUGCGUCGUGCGGAAUUCCUGAAGCUCUACCGAGAGAGCCACGAUUUGUCUGAUGGGGAUGGGUAUGAGCAAAGCAACUCGAGUGGCGAACAAGAUGAAGGACAGGCCGGUCAGAAGAAGACUCUCGAUACAACUGGUCCCAGACGACGCCUUCGCCGUGGGGCCGAUCUGAGUGACGAUGAAAGCGACGAUGACAUGCUUUUACGGAGUCGAACGAGUGCUCCGGUCGAUCCAUUACAAUCGGCCAACACUGCCGCUACACAUGGAGAGAAUGUCACGGAUAUUGGUGCUGUUGCUGAUAUAGAGAUGAACGGCGCAAGUCUGCAUGCGGGUUCGUCAAAUGUGACCACUCCUAGUGUGAACGAUGACGUCUACAAGGGCCAAUGUCAAGAGGACACUCGAGUGGUAGAGGAUAGCAUUCGUUCAUGCGGUGAAUACCGAAUCGAGCAGUCCGCCGAAACACAGACGGCUCGGAAGCCUCGAAAUGAUGCGGACGCUGCUGUCAGCGUUACUGCCGACGUGGCAACUGCACAUGCGGGUGCAGAAGCAGAGAAUACCGAUGAACCCGCGAUGGUCAUUGCUGGACUGGAAGCCGCUAACAUCAAUGGUAGCCAAGACGUUGUGGUCCCGGUCACGGACACCACUGUCGCGCAGCCAUGCAAGCGAGCCCGCACUACCGAAAACGACGAAUGCAUGGAGGACACGCCAGCGAAGAAGAUUAGUAUUGCAAGGGAAUAA